GUUUCUCUUGUAGCCGUUGCAGAGAUGAGAGGCUUGGUGGGCUUGUUGCGACAAGGGCCCAAUAGCAUGUUUGUUUCUGACCCGUUGGGUCCAAUACCCCUGCUCAAACUCGAGGUGGGUGGAAACUCAACACCGAGUUUGUAUCGCAAACGAAAGAAGCUUUGCUGAGACAAGGACUUCGUGAACACGUCUGCUAGCUGCUGUAUUGCCGGAAUGUGUUUCACGACCAGAGAACCAUUUGCGACCUUUUCACGAGCAAAAUGGUAAUGUGUAGCAAAGUGUUUCGACUUGCGGUGGAGAACAGGGUUGGCGGUGAGCUGAACUGCAGAUAGGUUGUCACAGUAUACUUCAGCAGCCGUGUACUGCUUCACACCAAUGCUGUUCAGCAUCCCAACUAUCCACUCAAGCUCAGCAGCUGUAUCAGAGAGUGUUCGAUAUUCAGCUUCUGUAGACGAUCUAGCAACUGAAUCCUGCUUCUUUGCUGACCACGAAAUCAUGUUUGAGCCGAGGAAAGUACAGAAUCCACCAGUGGAGCGUCUUGUGUCUUGACAACCCGCCCAAUCACUGUCACAAUAUGCUCGUAGCUGAGAGUCAGUUUCAGUCUUGAAAGAUAUGCCCAUGUUGAUAGUUCCUUUGACAUAUCGCAAGAUACGCUUGAGCAAGUUGAAGUCAGAGAGUGUCGGCUCAUGCAUCUUCUGACAAACCAAGUUAACAGCAAAAUGUAUAUCUGGACGUGUCAGCGUGAGGUACUGCAGCUUGCCUGCUAAGCUCCUGAAAUAGGUAGGAUUAUCAAAGACCGUGUCUUGAUGUGGGAUUCUGUCAAGUUGCAAAGGAAGAGGCGUGGGCAUAGGCGAACAGUCAAGCAUCCCUGCAGCUUGUAACAGGUCUGAAGCAUACUUUUCUUGAUUGAGGAACAAGCCUUGAGCUGUGAAAUGCGCCUGUAUACCAAGAAAGUAGCUUAACUGACCCAUAUCCUUCAUGCGAAAUUGUCGGUUGAGCUCCACAAGGAGUUGACUGAGCAGAGCAUUGUUGUUUCCUGUCAAUACCAUGUCGUCCACAUAGAGGAGAAGGAAGAGGACAUCUUUUCCUUUCAGAUACACAAACAGGGAAGGAUCUUUAACAUUGCACUGAAAACCGAAUUCAAGAAGGAAUGAACAAAACUUGUCAAACCAAGCUCUCGGUGCUUGUUUAAGACCGUAGAUGGCUUUGCGGAGCAGACAUACAUAGUCAGGAUGAGCCUUAUCUUCGAAUCCUGGAGGCUGCUUCAUGUAGACUGUUUCAGUCAAAUCUCCGUGUAAGAAAGCAUUUUUAACAUCAAGCUGCUUCAUCUCCCAUCUGUUGAUGACAGCAUAGUGAAGUAUGAUCCUUACAGUUGCUGAUCUUACAACUGGACUGUAAGUUUCUAGGAAAUCAACCCCUUCUCUCUGUUCGUUUCCCCUUGCAACUAACCGAGAACGGAGCUUCAGUAGUGUACCAUCCGCGUUCAGUUUAAUUCUGUGAACCCAUCCUGAUCCAAUUGGUUUAACUCCUGGAGGCAAAGGAACAAGACCCCAAGUAUCUGUUUCUUUGCAGUUUGUUAUCUCUUCAGUCAUUGAGCCGUUCCAUCCGGGGUGAUUUAAAGCUUCAGCUGUUGUUCUAGGAAGCUGAGGGAGACCUUUGACUGUGAACAGAGCAUAGCGUGGGUUUGGUUUCAUAACUCCAGCUUUGCCUCUGGUCGUCAUCUUGUGAGAGUUUGUAGGCGGUGGAACAGGAGCAGCUUCCUCUGGAGCAUCAUUGUUAUCUGAUUCUUCAGAUGCUGAACUUGAUUCAGAGACUGAAGACUGUUGUUGAGCCUCUGUUGCAACAUGAACCGGUGUCGGUUGUGGGACUGAGAGAGGCACAUUGACCGUUUGUCCAACUUCAUCAGGAAGAGAAGAAUCCGCAUCAGUAGACGGCGCCACAGGAUUAUACUGCAGACGCCAAGCAGAACCGAGUUUGGAUGUUGCAGGAGGCAAGAGAUGUUUAUAGACGUCAGUAUAAGGGAGCCUUGUCUCAUCAAACAAGACGUGUCUGUUGAUGUAGACACGACCAGUGGGAGGAUGAUAACAGCGGUAACCUUUAUACUUCUCGUUGUAUCCAAGAAAGACACACAAGAGAGUCUUUGGAUCAAACUUGUGCUCAGCGUAAGGUCGAAGAAACGGAUAGCAAGCAGACCCAAAAGCUCUCAAUGCUGUGUAAACCGGAGGUUUUCCAUUCAACAAUUCAAACGGGCUCAGCAUCUUAUCAUUGACUGAGGAAGGAAGCAAAUUGCUGAGGAAGGAAGCCGUGUAGAAUGCUUCUACCCAAAGCUCAUGUGGCAAGUGCGCUUGAUACAUCAUCGACAGUCCUAGUUCAGUUAUGUGUCGAUGUCUUCGUUCAGCUAUUCCGUUCUGUUCUGGAGUGUGUGGACACGACACAAUGUGUUUGAUCCCCGUAGCAGUAAAGUGGUUUGUAAGAGAAUGGUUUAUGAAUUCACCACCUCCAUCUGACUGAAAUAUUGCAAUCUUCUUGUUGUAUUGAUUUUCUACUUGAAGUUGAAAGGCUUUGAAGAUUGUAGAAACUUCAGACUUGUAUUUAAGGGGAUAAAACCAACAAAACCUUGAGUAAUUGUCUAUGAACACAACAUAAUAUCUAAAGCCCUGAACUGAAACAACAGGUGCAGGACCCCAAACAUCACAAUGUAUUCUCUCAAGGACUCUACUUGAACGAAAAACUGAACUUGAAAACGGAAGCCUGCAUGUCUUUCCAACUUGACAUGCUUCACAGAGAUGCUGAGACAGCUUAUUGAAGGAGAUAGCCUUUGUUGUUGAUAGAUGCUUGAGCACUUGAUCAUUUGGAUGCCCGAGCCUCAGAUGCCACACUCUGUAACUUGCUGCUUGUUGUCUUGACGAGUAGAAAGCUCGAAACUGCGAUGCAUCCAGCCGAUACAAGCCCUUAGUUUUGCUUCCCUGACUGAGCACUUUGCGGGUUUGCUUGUCCUUUACACACACAGUUGUAGCAUCAAAUGUAAACUCACAUGGAUAAUCAUCGGUGAGUUUGGACACAGAUAGCAAGGACUUAGUUAUCUCAGGACACACAAGCACAUCAAGAAGAGGAAGAGUACCUGAGCCGGAGUUGAUUGAAGCAGAACCCACGUGUGUUAUCGGCAGAAAGUCACCAUUCCCCACCAUGACUUGAUCGUUUCCAGUGUACUCAUGAGCUUCAUCAAGGUGUUGAGGAGUGCUUGUCACAUGGUGAGAAGAGCCACUGUCAGGAUACCACUCUGCACCAUUAGGUCGCUGGUUUGCUGCAGAAGUGAGAACGUUGGCUUGAGGAGGAGGAUCGUUUGGAGUAAAGCUUUCAUCAAACCUCCAGUGGCAUCUGUAAGCAGCAUGACCAUACUUGCCACAGAUCUGACAAGUUGGACGCUGACCUCCAGUGUUUCUGUUGGGAGGCUGACCGAACUGCUGCGGAAAGCCUCUGCCUUGUGUUGUGUAAGAGCCACGUCCUCUCUGUCCUCCUCGGUUAUGUCCUCUUCCACGUCCUGAGUAACCUCCUCUGUUCGCAUAGUACGCUUGGUGAGGAGUUGCUUCAGGAGCUUGCUCGUACGACUGCAGCUUAUCGUCAAAACCGGUGAGUUUGUGAACAACAUCUUCAAAGCAGGGACCUGGAAGUGUAUCCAUUGAAUGCUCAAUAACGGUACAGACAGCUUCAUAUUCUUUGUCGAGGCCGUUGAGAACGCCAUAGAUCUUCUCAUUUUCCGUGAGAGGUGAACCAAUGGAGUCUAACUGGUCACAGAGAGACUUAAUCUCAGAAAGGUAGGUCGCCAUGGUCUUGUUUCCUUUCUUCAUGGUCUGAACGCGUCGGUGAAGAUCCAUCCUUCGAGAGGCGGAUACACGGUUGUACUUCUUUGCUAACGCCAUCCAGACAUCAUGAGAGGUGUGGAGACCAUAGACAGACUUCAGAGCUUCUUCGGUUAGGGUACCGUAGAGCCACGCAAGAAUAAGUUGGUCCUUUUGGAUCCACUUGUUGAACUCCGGAUUCACCGCUUGUGUUUCUUCUUCUCCAGCAAGAACGGUGAUCGUUGGAGCAGGGCGAGGCUGAUCUCCGGUGACAUAGCCUAAAAGCGCUUGGCUUGAAAGGAACUGCUCGAACUGUAAUUUCCAAAGAAGGUAGUUUCCUUCUUUGAGCUUCAAAGUAACAACGUGAGUGAGGGUAAGGGCUGUAACUGCGACGGUGUCUUGAUUCCCAUCCAUCGUCUGAGCUCUGAUACCAUAAAGGUAGCAGAGAACUUGAGAGAAAUGUGUUUCUUUUACUGAAGUUUAUUCAUUUCAACUUGAUUACAACUAAGGCCAUAGCCUUUCUUUUAUAGAGAUAAGAAGAACAAUCUAGAGACGUCACAGCUGUCUUGACAGCUCAUUCACAGUCAUCAAGAAGAGCGUCAAAACGGUUGAGCAAAGGAAGGUGUGACUCGCGCUGUGCCGUACUCCCUCUCACUCUGUUUUGUCUUGUUUCUCUUGUAGCCGUUGCAGAGAUGAGAGGCUUGGUGGGCUUGUUGCGACAAGGGCCCAAUAGCAUGUUUGUUUCUGAUCCGUUGGGUCCAAUAGAAGGUUCCUUUUACGCGCAAGACUUCUUCCAAGCGCGGCCCAGUGACUUCCUCAUUUGUAGCUACCCAAAGUCAGGGUCUACUUGGCUCAAGUCACUAACAUUCACGAUAGCCAAUCGAUCUCGCUUCGACGAUUCCACGAACCCUCUCUUAAAACACAACCCUCAUGAGCUUAUUCCUUUCAUUGAGAUCCAGUUCCCUCAGUUCCCUAACAUUGAUGUUCUCCAAGACAAAAGGAACCAUCUUUUUUCAACCCAUAUGCCACACGAUUUCUUACCCGAUUCGGUUGUGAAGUCGGGUUGUAAGAUGGUUUACAUCUGGAGAGACCCAAAGGACACUUUCAUCUCCAGGUGGAGUUUCUUCCAAAAGCAAAGGUUUGAACAUGGCCCGCUCAAUAGUCUUGAGGAGUGUUUUGAUAUGUUCUGUAAAGGUUUUUGUGCGUACGGUCCUUAUCUUGAUCAUGUCCUGGGAUAUUGGAAAGCUCACCAAGAGAAUCCAGAUAAGAUUUUGUUCCUCAAGUACGAGACUGUGAGAGCUGAUCCUUUGCCUUAUGUGAAGAGAUUGGUUGAGUUCAUGGGUUAUGGAUUCACAGCUGAGGAAGAGAAGAGUGGGGUUGUUGAGAAAGUUGUGAAUCUUUGCAGCUUCGAGACAAUGAAGAAUCUUGAAGCUAACAAAGGAGAUAAGGAGAGAGAAGAUCAUCCUUCUCCUUAUACAAAUAGCGCGUAUUUCAGGAAAGGAAAAACCGUAGAUUGGGUGAAUUAUCUGACUCGAGACAUGGCAGCUCGUAUGGAUGGAAUAAUGGAAGAGAAAUUCAAGGGUACUGGUUUGCUUGAAAAUGGUAAAUGAGCUAGUUCUUGUUCGCGGGAAAUGAUCGGUCCUUGUUUAAAGCAUGCUAGAUAUCGCAAGGGUAUUAAUUUUCUGUUUUAGUUUUUAUUUAUUUAUACUAAUCAUGUAUUUGUAAUACUUGAUCGUUUUACAUUGACUACGUUAGAGAUGUGUAUUUGGAGACCCACUAAUUCGAUUAAAAUCUAUUUGAGUUUGA